UUAUGGGGCCCCUGUGUCCUUGCCCAAACUCAAAAAUGCCUAUGAAAAAAAGGUACCAGGGGCAUCUUAUGGGGCCCCCUACUGACCCCGGGCUCUCGGGCAGUGCCAGAGUUUCCAAAUGGUCAGUCCGCCCCUGGGGAGACAUGUUAAGGCUUAUGUUAGAGGGACACUGACUGCUGACAGUAUGUUAAAAAAAAUUAGAAUUUUUAAAAAAAUGUUUUUGCUUUUUUUAUUACUUUUUAAUUUUUAUUUUUACAAUUUCUUUACAUACUGUGACACGUGCAAUACAAUGUUACCAUAGUAAAAUUGUACUACUCUAGG